AAAAAAAAAAAACAGUGGCCAUUUUGCGCCGCGGCAUCAUUGACUAAUAGCAGACGGAAACGGAAGAUUCAGCCCAUAUCUGGACGGACGCAGGUGCUGCAACCUCGGCGGAGUCGGGACCUCGGUACCGACUGGCGCAGGACAGCGCGGGACAAGCAUGCCGCCUAGCCGCCUUCUCCGAGGCCGGUUAUGCCGUGAGAAAAGAGGUUAAAGACAGCGUCAGUGCGUUGCUAUUCGAGGCCCAUUGACCCCCUGGAGAGGGAGCUACUGACACAGGCAGAGUCAACGCGCGAGGGGAAAAAAAAAAAACAAAAAAACAGGUGUACGGUUUCAUCACAGGGACGCCCCCACCCGCUUCAGAGCCGCUGUCGCUCUCGCUGCUGGUGCUCCAGCCGCGCGCGUCGAACUGACAACUUUACUUCUGUCACUUGGAAGACAGCCGCAUUGACGGGGAAUUUUGCAGGAGGCGGUCAUUUUUUUUAACGGCAUUAGACGGCGUAACGUCUGGAAAUUAAAGAAAGGGGACUCCAAGUUUAGGAAGGAAAGAGGAAGGAAAAUCAUUGGAGAAUAAAGAAACUUGGACUCGCAGCGCCUCAUCUUUAUUUGACCCUUUAGCAAGCAAUCCUUCAGCUUUUUGGUUUUAUGAAGGAAAGUGUGUUCCCCUGCAGUAAAUCAGUGAGAAGUGCUCUUCAUUAUGAAUACAGAUAGUGGAGGAUGUGCUCGCAAAAGUGUGGCCUUGUCACUCAUGCUCUCCCCCAUGAAGAGGGUCCAGAGCUCACCCAAUCUGGCCACAGGUAGUGAGUCUCAUUCGUCAGACUUGGAGUCUUGGCGCUCUCGCAGUGCCACUGACGGUCUUAAAAAUGGAGAUGCCAGCAGCUCAUCUCUUGCAGCCAAAGGCUUUCGAAGUGUCAAACCUAACCUGCAAGACAAAAAGUCCCCCACACAGGAAAUCAGUCCUGUACCACUGCCCCCCCUCAGAAGAGAGAGUUUUCACUUCUCUCCUUCUGGCACUAAUCCUCCAGAUUACAGUCCCAUCAUCACUCUGGCUAAAGAUCUGAAUCCUGGAACGCUAUUUUUCACUAAUAACGACAAAGUGAUUCUGAAGGAGUCAUACAACAUUAAAAGUAGCUCCUCUUACUCUUACUCGGAGACCCGCACCAAUCCUGUUAGACCGGAUGAUCAGCCCAUAAACACUGCUAACCCCCAGGAGCGUAAAUUCUCUUCCCUUAAACUAACCCCUGUCACUAUCCCUGACCCCCCCGCUCACCUCAGCACUCACCCUGAUACCCACCCCCAGAGCCAGAGCACAGGCUCCCCUUCACCAACUCCCCCACCAACAAAAAAGGAACCCCACCUUUUACAACCCAUAACAAUUACAGCCCCCAUUCCUGUCAACUUGGGAGAGGAGAAACAGAAAAGCUCAGCGUCAUUGAAGCCCGAUCCAAAAGUGGAACUCAGGGUCUCAGAUCGGGCCCCCACAACAGCUCCAUCCCAAGUGGAGACUCAAAAGCAUCCGUCUGGAACAUCACCAAGACCUUCGCCUGCAGAACUGUUGGGCCAAGUCCUCUCUCAUGCCAUGAAUGGAAGCGCUGGCCCUCCGCAGAGACCCAUGUCCCCCCCGUCAUAUCCUCCACCCCCCGCCUCACUCCACAUUGGGCUCCAGAGGCAAAGCAGAAGUUCAGAGGGGAGUGAGUCGAUCACCAGAGAGUCCGUGGUUUCAGGUCACACCAGCAUCAGCAGCACUGUCCCCAUUGCUCGCUUCUCAGAGGAAGAGAAGAAGGUGUCGGUCAUUAAAGCCCCUCAUUACGAAGGCAUCGGGCCCGUGGACGACUCGGGCAUCCCUAUUGCCAUUCGCACGACGGUGGACAGGCCCAAAGAUUGGUACAAAACUAUGUUCAAACAGAUUCACAAAGUUCACAAAGCAGAUGACGACUACUCUGACACAUACAAUGCAACGUUCGCUCUGAUCAACAGCGACGAUAUGCGCCUGUCGUCCAACACCACCAUGGCCCAUCCACCAGCACGGACUCACACCUACAGACCGCUGUCCAAGAGCCCCUCAGACAACAGAGGACAGCUUGGGGCUCGGGAGCCAUCACCAUCCCCUGUGCCUCCACCGCCUCCACCUAUGCCGUCCCUCCUCCAACUGCGGGCCAGAGACAGCGACCGUGAGAAGAAUGUACCAGACAUGAAUGAAUGGGGUCCUCCUGACAGAAAAGUGGACACACGGAAGUACAGAGCAGAGCCCAAGAGCAUUUUUGAAUAUGAGCCGGGGAAAUCCUCCAUUUUGGAGCAUGAAAGACCAACCUAUGAUGACAUAGAUUUAGAGAACGAGCCUUGGUAUAAGUUCUUUUCUGAGUUGGAGUUUGGGCGGCCGCCUCCUAAAAAACGGCUGGAUUAUAAUCCAGACAUCUCCACUCGCCAACGCAUUGAGACAUCCCUCAACAUCUCUCCCAUUGACAAGGCUUCAGAGAGACCUGCAAGUGCUUCCAGCGACUACAGGAAGAGGAGGAAGUCAGAGCCAUCGAGUUCGCAGGCGAAUCCUCAGCCUCAGAGCAGAACUGUAACUUCCCCUAAACCAGAGGAUGCAUGCAAAGCUGGCAGCAGCCUAAAGAAGCCUGUAAUUCGUUCUUCACCAUCCUCACCCUCCAGAGCCAAAGGUGGGGACGCAUGCAACAUGUUUUCCAACAGUCUGACCCCUGCAGGUCUUUAUGAGAGCACCUCCCUGCCCCCCAUCCCUUCUGGCCCAGAUUGUUGCCAAGAGGAUGCCAGCCAGGAGGGCAGCUCCUCCUCAAAACAGCCUGCCUGCUGUGCGAACAGCUGGCCGACACAAACCCAGGAAGCUGAGAAGAGGAGCGAUGCGGAGAAGGGCCCACCCUCCUCUGGCAAGCUCAAGUCACGAAGCUGUGAUGACUUACUAACUGAUGGGCAUUCUGCCUCUGGGGGGCACAACACGACCCGGUCAGAAAGCGCCGGGUCUCUGGUGUGCGAUGGGAACCCUCCAUCUGUAUCAGCCUCCAGUCAUUCACUUCCUCCACUUCACCGCCGACGCGCACAUGACUCACCAGGCUUUCUCCAACUGUAUCGUAAGAUGCAUCAGAUUGACCGAGCUCAGCUCAUCUCCUCCGAUGUCAUCCGUUCCGUCCGCACUCGUAUCCUAGAACUAGAGCGCCAACCUCAUCUGCAUCGGCAUCGCCUUUCCCCUUGGGCACCAUCCUGGCGUGUGGAAGUGCCACGGGACACGGUGCCAAAUCGAAUUUCUGAAUACGAACGUCUGAUCCAGAAGUCCAAAUCCUUGCCCAACUUGGGUGACGGAGAGGUGCCCUCGGGAACCACUACGCCAGGCGGCUCAUCAUCUCGUGCUAGCAGUGCUGGUGGUGGAACUCCCAGUUUACCAAAACGCCGCUUUUCCAUAGAGUCAUUACUAGAGGAAGACAACAACGACCUCAGCAGAACUGCUCCACACAGUUUAGAUCACCUACAUGGACCUCGAAGCCCACCUGAAGGCCAGCCUCGAGUUGGGCCAGAGCCGGGCCGAGGUCAGUCUUUUCCUGCUCCCGCCGUUCCCCAAACCCCUCAAGCCAACCAGGACUUUUCUGACAGCGAACCAGACGCCAUUGCAUCUGAUCUCAGCGAUUUCAUUCAAGUAGAGGGUUCCUCUUUCUGCAGUGAAAGUGACUUUGAUCAUUGUUCGCUGACCUCCUCUGAGAGCCAGUACGGCCAGUCAGCCCACCACAGUCAGCACCUGCGUCAUCACCACCACCACCACCAUCACCACCAUUCAGUUCACCAAAGUCUAGGCCAAACCCAGGGCUACCAACAUCGCCACCUCAUCAGCACCUGCAAAGGUCGCUGUCCGGCCUCAUACACCCGUUUCACCACCAUGCUUCGUCACGAGCGGGAACAAGCGCGACUGGAGCACCACCGACCCGCACAGCAAAGCCGCAGCGGCCAUUCCCGAGUCCAGGACUCACAGUCCCAGCAAGCGAUGUCAAAGCUGGCCUUUUUGGUCAGCCCAGUGCCUUUUCGCAGAAAAAAGGGCUCCCCACCUACCUCGAGAAGAAGCGGUGGUGCUGGAGGUCGAGGUAGCAGACCCAAGUCCAAACAGGCCAUUUACGAAGCACUAGAUGCAGCCUUGAGAGACAUCUAUGAGCACAUUCAAGCAGAACGAGGCCACAGGAGCACCAGGCCGCCGGAUGAUAGCAUCUUGAGAAGGAUACUCGCUGAACUGCUGCCAAGCGUGCCUGAGAGAAGCUCCUCCCUGCGGGGAACGAGGGGCUGUUGGCACGGGGGGCACUCCUCUGCGUCCUUGUUCCCAGAUGGGAGCCCCACAGGGUUUGCUCCGUGCAGAGCAGAGCCCUCCACACCGAGGCUACAGUCACCUCGGGUCCAGUCACCGAUCAGUGCCUGUUAUGGACGGCAUUCCGAAGCCUCAAACGUGAAUGAAUACGCAGAGGAGCGGGGCAAUGGAAAUAGUUUCUGCUGUUCAGACCAGGAUGUCUCAAGAAGUUACUCCACCCUGGAUGGACGCCACACUCCUCAGAGCCGAAGGCAGACCCCAGACAGAGAGGUCUCCCAUAAACAGAUGACACAACUCAUUCUCUUCUCUCUCCUCCAUCAGAAACAACCUGCAAGAGCCAUUUAUGAUUUUAAGGCACAAACUGCAAAGGAGUUGUCAUUUAAAAAGGGGGACGCAGUGAACAUCAUUAGGCAAAUAGAUAACAACUGGUAUGAAGGGGAGCACCGAGGACGAGUGGGGAUACUGCCUAUUUCAUACGUAGAGAAAGUGGCGUCCUCAGAGAAGCAGCAGCCAAUCCGUCCGCCGCCUCCUGCACACGUGAGGGAGAUCGGAGAGGCAGUGGCCCGCUACAACUUCAAUGCUGACACCAAUGUGGAGCUGUCAUUGAGAAAGGGUGAGAGGGUGAUUGUGAUCAGGCAGGUGGACCAGAAUUGGUACGAGGGGAAAAUCCCAGACACAACCAAACAGGGUAUCUUUCCCAUGUCCUACGUUGACCUAGUCAAGCCCUCUCCCUCCAAGAGCUCCGCCCACCAUGUGGAUCCACACAGUUACCAUGGCAGCAGGACACCCAGCUCAACACCUGUCAAGCCGUUCUAUCAUUUACCUCCACCUUCCACCACUCAUGCCCUGCUCUCCCCCCAACCCCCUUUGAGAAGGCAUGACCUGCAGGCUGUCACCAGCGAGUGGCUGGCCCUCACUUUGGAUCGGUCAGCUUUCCCUCCGACGCGCUCCCUGACCCCCACCCCUGCCCCCCCUACUCCACCCCCCCUCCCUGCUGAUUUCAUGCCCGCCAUGAAAGCGCACGAGCCAAAGGCAAGCUCGCCUGCUCUGUCACAAAGAGGCUCCGCCCCUUUCUCUUCAGCACUGUCGCCCUUCGCAAACAGACAUGCCACAACUAUGCUGCCUUUCACCCAACCCGCCCCCCCACCUGCUCCACCACUUCCUUCUCCUGCUCCACCUGUCACUCAUUCCUCGUUCACCACUCCUCUGCCAGACUCUUCGUUUCGAUCUAUCAGGGGCAGAGGGUUUCAAACCUGCGACACUGCCCAAACAGUUUCCAUUAGUAAGCCCCAGGUUUCCUCUUCUGUCGCUACCUUGUUUGUGACGCCUCCCACACAACUUCCAGAGCACAAAGCCCCCGCCCAUGCAGGCGAGCGCAGCAAAACCCCCGACAUUGAGCUGAGGGUAAAAGACCCUUAUGACGAGCUGCUUUCCAUCAUACCGGCUGAUUCAAACCCUACAGAUGAGGCUUUCAGAACAACCGUGGACUCCCCACUGACCAAGCUAAGCUGGGAAUCUCCAAGUAAACAGGGCCAGCAAAAAGAAGCAUUCCAUCAGGCCGCUCUAAAGACCCAAACAGUCAAUGCAACCGACAAGCUAACACCAAAUGCUCCGUUAGAGGCACCGGUUUACACGCCUGUGACAGUGAAGCCGAGUCCUUAUUUACUCAGAGAGCAGCAGAAAACUCAGAACAAAGACACGGGUGAAUGUCCGAGGCCACCACCGGGGGCAGCAGAGGACUGCACUGAGUUGUUUAUUGAGGAAGAGGAGGAGGCUAAGAUGGACAAAGAGGAGGACACUCCGGUUUUGAAUGAGAGGCUCUGUUUCCAGGCUGAAGUCUCUUCUUCCACUCUGACUCAGUUAUCUCUCACUGGCCUCCACCCACCUUCCACGCCAUCGCCUUUGACCUCCACCCUUCCUCCUAUGUGUCCAUCAUCUUUUCCCCAGGCAGCCCAGCAUGAAAGCGGCGUCCUCCUUCCUUCAUCCUCCGUCUCCCCUCAUCUCCCGCCCCUUCCCCGACUAACAACCUCCCCACUGCCUCCAGUCUGUUGUGCAUCUGUCUCUACGCCUCCCCCUCUCAUCUCACAUUCCUCUGAUGUUCUCUCCCAGCCCACACCCUCUCGCCCCUUGAGCUCCUCCUGUGUUCCUUGUCCGGCCUCGUCCUGCCCCGUUUCAGACUCGCAGUUCCUCGCCCACGCCUCAUCUCCAUGUAAAACUGUCUCACCCCCCCUGUCCACACCCCGCCCUUCUGCCCACACUGUCCAGCAUCCAGGACGUAGGUCCCCCAAGGUGAAGGUAAAGCAGGAUCCAGUUGUUGGCGGUAAACCUCCUCGUAGCCCCAUCUUGUCCCGGAGGUCCUAUCUGUCACCAGUUAGAGGUCGCAGGCGGCUAGUGCAGGAUGCUCUGCAUGGUGGAGGAGAUCCGUAUCAGGCUCUGUACAAUUACAUACCUCACAACGAGGAUGAGCUGGAGCUGAGGGAGGGGGACGUCGUCGAUGUGAUGGAGAAGUGCGAUGAUGGCUGGUUUGUUGGGACCUCCCGAAGGAGCAAGUUGUUUGGUACCUUUCCAGGAAACUACGUAAAGCAGCUAUAAUGAUGAUUCCAGACUCCCUGUGGCCCCGCCCCUUUCUGUGACCCGCUCAUCACCGUCAGCACAGCGUCCGUAGAGACCUACAGCACAAUGUUGUGUUUGCGUAUACUUGUGGCUUCCCACACAGAAUCUUUAGCUCCAACUAGCCAUCGUUCACAGAAGACUUCAGUUAGAUAGUUUCUUUGAGGUAUUUCUGCUUUCAAUUUUUCUACCACAACGAUCUCAAAGAAACAUCCUCCAAUCAUUUUUUUUUCGACAUAUCAUUUUUCACAAGCUCAUUUCACUUUGAAUUCAGUUGUAAAAAUCCAACAGAUAUGUUUUACAGACAGCAGAAUCUCUUCAUUGAAGCAUCUAGAAGAAGCUGCUCUAUUGGGAGGAUUAUUUCAAACAAGUAUCCAAUGAAGAGCGCCGCUCUCACUGAUGUACUUCCUGUUUGAAACAGAGUCCAGGUAUCGCUACAUAGAAAACAAGGACAGUUGUUCCUUCUUUUAUUAAGGUUGAUGCACUUUAACAAACCUGAACACUACGUUUGUUCACAUAGGAUGACAGAUUACUUCCUGACUGCGGGGCUUCAGGGGACGAAAUCGGUAUUAUAUUUAUUAGAUAAUGAACUGAGGGUUCAUCUGUGUUAUGACGUGGUUUUAAGGAGGUUUAAAACCACUGUGCUUUUUUUUUUUAAUAUAUUUUUACAUUUCCUGAAUUCCAUAUGAAAGAUUAUUCCUGUUAUAAUCGAGCGCCCAUUUAGGUUCACAUCUCAAGGUGGGAUGAAGAGGAAGUCCUGCUGUUUGGUGUUGAAUUAAUUUAAGAAUGUUGCAGGAAUCGAUAGAAAUUUCAAGAAAAACAACAGUUUUUUUUUUUUUUUUUUUAAUGGAGUUUUUCUCCUUUUGACCAGUGGUGUCUUGUAACCCUGUGAGAGAAUCACAUGUGAGUGUUAUUUGGAAAAACAAAGUUUUUCACACUAAAACCACUUUUUUUUUUUUGUCAUCUCAUGUAUUUUACAAGUGAUGAACACAGUGAAAGAAGACUGUUGUUGAAGCACCUUAUGAUAGGUUGUCCGUCACGCCACCCCCCUCACCCCAUCAUUCACUGCAUCAGCUGCUGUGAGAACACGUGUGUCUUUGCUGUUUUGUAAACUUUUUUUGUAUGAGAGCUAUUAAAUGGUCAGCAUCACCUGGCUUUAUAAACUCUGCUUUCUUUUACUCACCCACAUCUCAUUUCUUCACAAAUCAUUCAAUUUUUUUUUCUUCAAUUUUGUUUAUUUUUAACCACUUUCCAUCAUUUUUUUUGUUAUUGUUUUCCCUCCUCCUCUAACACAAGUUGCUUUAGCCAGACGGAGUAGAGUCGACCAUCGCCGCCUUACACGCCACUCCCUGUAAUUAUAGCUAUGUACGUGUGAACCUCUUGGAAAAAUGAAGUUAUGCCUAUGAGGAGGAGUGCAGAACAUGAACCUGUUUGAAAGUGCUGUCAGAACAUCAGGUCCUCAUACAGCAGGCCUCACAUCUGACUUUUAUUUAAACAUUGAUAGAGAAUCAAAUUUUCUCCUGACAAGUUUCUACAUGUAGUAAAAAAAAAAAAAGUCAAAAUCUACAUUAAGUUUCAGUAUUUCUACAAUAUUGUAGCACUUGUUGAUGCUUUUAUGCCCCUGUAUUGCUAAUAAAAUCCAACUGGUAGA